AAAAAUAUUUAUUUUAAUCAAUAUUUUACUAAAUAUUAAUUGUGUUGAACGUGAGAGUGAUGUCAAUAUAACCACAACAAUAAAUCCCAUAUUAGAGGGACUAUUCAAUCAAACCGUCGAUAUAGAGAUGGCAACCAUCGACGGCACCGGCUUUGAUUUAAUGCCGGCACCAAUAAGGGCAUUAAACUGUCACAAUAUCAGCGAGGUCGAACAUAACUGUUCCAACAGCUGCCCGGCCAGUUGUGAGGAGCCGAGCAAACCCGCCUGUCGUAAUAACUACUGUUGGAGAGGCUGUGAAUGCAAACCCGGUUACGUGAAAGAGCACCAGAAUUGGACGUGUAUUCCCGUCGAGUUGUGUCCGACGUGUGGCGUAAACGAGCACUUCCGGGACUGCGGCAGGAAUUGCGAGCCCACGUGUGGGAACUACCAAAACACUCCCCCGCACUGUAAUAGCAAUCAUAAUUGCAAGAGGGGGUGUUUUUGCAAUUUUGGUUACGUUAGGGAUAUGGAUAAAAACGGCACGUGUGUCCUCGUUGACCAGUGCCCUCAAAAAUGCGGUCAAAACGAAUACUACGAAGAGGCGGGCGUUCCGUGUGUGCGGACUGCGGCCAAUCCGCGACCCAAAUGCCUGGACGAGCCGCCGGUGCCCGCGUGUGUUUGCAACACAGGUUACGUACGAAACAACCAUACGGGA